UAUGAGUACAAAAGUAGAUAUGUAACAUGUACAUCCACGUCAAUUUCACCUCCUGGCCCGGCUCGCCGCUAAUCGAAUCCAUCAACAUGUCAAACAUGCAAAUUGCAAGUACUGUUCUAACUUCUGAAAACGGUCAGGGCCUAAGCGCUGCUGGUAACCGUUCACUAAAACGCUUUGUCCUUUCGACAGUCACUCCGAACCUUUUUUCAACCAUUUUUGUCAGUUCUUGGGACAAUCCAAAGCUUGAAUCCAUCGUUACCUUCCGUUAGUCAUGCACUUGGCGUUGACAAACCUCGAAAUAAUACACACCAUUAGCUCAUUCACUGAACGCAGAUCGCUUCCUGCACUUGCGUCCACAUGUCGCGAGUUUGAGCACCCAGCGCUUAAUGCCCUUUGGAGAGAUCUGCAGUCUGUGGAACCACUUGUCAAAUGUUUACCAAGUGACCUGUUUAGCAUUGAUCAGGGAUGUGUGGUGCUACAGAAACCUGUUGAUGGCAAGAUGUGGGAUACCCUUUUCAAAUACUCGUCCCGCGUGCACUCGAUCACCGUAACGCAGAAACGUUGCUCGACAGUUGUCGAGCCCCUCAGUGUGUUAAUGUUGUCUUGUCCUUCGACAUCGGCGUAUUUGUUUCCAAACCUUUCCAAAUUAACAUGGCAUGCAGAAGGGACACACACAUUUGCACAGUUUUUGCGCAUGGCUCUCGUACCGUCCAUGUUGGUCUUACAUGUAGAGAUUUUUUCAGCUUCCCCCGCCUUUCUCUCGGUCCUUUCGUCUCUCGGGACCUUGUGUCCUCACCUCCAGAACAUGACUAUGCGCAUUCGAUGUGAAACCAACGACUUGUCACAUCAAAUUUCACCCUUCAUCACACAACCUAUUGCUCAGCUCCACCAUCUUCACACAUUGUCGGUAUGGGAUCUGGGAAGUCAAGGCAUCAAGCACCUUAUGAAGCUACGAGCCCUGCAGUCACUGGACUUGAACUUGAGGGCGUCGUUGGCAUGGGACAAAAACCUGUGUUGGCAAUUACCCGGUUUCCAUAGUUUGAAAUGGCUGGGCCUUUCUACACGUACAAUUGAGCACGCCUCGAACUUUUUCAGUUCCCUUCAAGUCGUCGGAAGCAGCCAAGUCAGGGUCAGCUUUACGUCCCAGGUUGCAAAAUCCUCCGCAAGUGCAUCCACGAUGUUAUUCCAGUUCUUCACCAUCCUCCGGGAGAGAUGCGACAUCGUCGAACUUCAAUACUUGUCUCUCGUCGGAUGUUCGGGGAGCGUCCGCGCAGAAUCGGGCAUCUUCACGCCAUUGCAUGCAUUUCCAAAUUUAACUCACCUGCUUAUUGAUGAGGUCUGCAACAUUCCCAUGUCUGACGAGGAUUUGUGCCAGCUGGUGAAAGCCUGGCCUAAGCUCCAAGUCCUCAAAUUCAGCAGCUAUGUCGCAUUCAAUGCCACCACAGUACCCACCUUCCACGGACUUAUAAAGCUGCUUCGGCUCUGUCCUGCUCUGACCUCGCUCUCUCUUGUCCUCGAUACCACCAAGUUGGACGGUAUAGACCUCAAACGCCCCGGUGGUAGUCUUUGCAACAAGCACCUCAAAUUCCUUGCCCUCGGAAAUUCUCCCAUCAAGUCCCCGCUAAAUGUAGCUCUCAUCCUCAGCGGCCUCUUCCCCCUCCUUGGCCAGGUCAAUCUUGCUUGGUGGGAUAUGAUGAGACUGAUGUCUUCGUCAUAUCAGAAAGAGCCAAUGAUGGAGCAAUGGGUGUUAGUGAACAGCUUUCUUAGUGGUUUCAGCGUUGUGAGGGAGCGGGGCAUUGAAGCAUGA